AAUUAAAUAAUAUUAAAAAAUAUAUUUAAAUAUAUUAGUAAUGUUUUAAGUUUUCCGAUUCGAUAAUAAUUUGAGACAUAAUUAUAUUAUAGAUCGAUCAUUGUAUUGUUAUGCAUAGCUUACUUCCUAUAGUAUAUACAUAUUCUCGAAGAGCAUGCGUCGUCAUGACUCGCAUGCGCUUUCAAAAGAUAUGAUUCUUUCAGUUACUUUGACGUCGUCGUCGCGUAAGGGAUGUCAGGCGAGGUCGGUUUAGAUUUGCCUAAGUUCUUUGAGUCUAAAUACUUUAUAAUUUUUUUUUAUAAAAUAUUUUAUGCUUAAGAAUUCUAUGAAGUGAAUAAAUAAAAAAAUGCUGGACCGGUAUUCGUAGUCAGGCCUUAUAUUCAAAACCGUCUUAAGUUUAUCAUAAGAUGCUGUAUGGAACAUUUCAUUGGCUACGAAGUAUCUAAAGAUGAUCUUAAGACGAUCUUAAACAUAAGAUCUGACUAUGAAUGCCGGCUCUAGUGUUCUCUGAUAGAAAGAUUAUUAAAUACUCGGAGAAAAGAUAGCGGCAAUCUUGAAGAAAAUUAUUUGUUAAACCAAUUGUCGUUUUUAUACGCUACUUUUCUUUACUUUUUUAAUACGAGUGUUACUGUAUUUAUAUAUAAGGUGAUGUUUUUUGUUCUAAAUGCAAUGCGUCAUUAAAAUGUAAUAAAAAGGGUGUCUUAUGAAAUAUCACACGACUACGGAAAGAAGAAAGGAGACAGAAAUUUCCUCUCGCUUUAUUUUUGUCUAAAAAAAGCCAGAUUUGGAGUACGCGUACGGAUGGAAUCGUUAUACCAUGACGAUUAUGGGAGCUUGGCCAGAACAUAGAAGUUUCAGACAGGCUACAAGCUACAAAGUGAUAGUUCCUGUUCUAACGAUGCUGUGCUUCUGCACCGCACCGCAAUCAGCCAAUUUGCCGUCCAUAUGGGGCGACUUUGACUCGGUGGUAGAAAACUUGUCCAUGGCAAACGUAACGAUUACGAUCUCGAUGUUGAAGAUUAUUAUAUUUUGGUCUAAUGGUGGACCCCUGAGGACGCUUAUAUCGUGGAUGGCAAAGGAUUGGAGCACGACCGUGGAUAAACGGGACCGCAAGACGAUGAUGGACAUAGCGAUCGCCACCAGGAAACUGUCGAUAAGAAGCACCGUGCUCGUUCAGAGCGUGGUGAUGGUCUUCGUCGUGUUUCGACUCAUAGCAAUUCGACAAACCGGUCGCCAAUUAUUUCUUCCUGCGUAUUUCCCUUACAAUAUGACCAGCAGUCCUUUUUACGAGUUGACUCUUUUCGGUCAAUUCGUGGGCAUUAUAUCUGCGGCAAGUAGUUACACGGCGGUGGACACUUUCAUUGCCACUUUAGUGCUCCAUGUAUGCGGCCAGCUUUCGAAUCUGUGCCACGAACUAACAAAUCUACACGCCAACACAAAGGCGGAAUUCCAGACGAAGCUGGGAAAUAUUGUGAGGAGACACGAAUAUCUCAACAGAUUUGCAGAAACGAUCGAAGAUUCAUUCAACAUGAUGCUUUUGAUGCAAAUGCUGGGAUGCUCGGUGCAGGUCUGCUUCCAGUGUUUGCAGGCGUUUAUGGCAUUGCUGGGCGAAAUGGACGAAAUAUUCAUAUAUAAAAUCUCUUUCCUGACACUCUACGUGACUUAUAUAUUGAUACAAUUGUACAUGUACUGUUAUAUUGGCGAACAACUGCUUGUCGAGAGCACGAAAAUAGCAUACGCGGCAUAUGACUGCAGUUGGUACAACUUGUCAGCGCGCGAAGCGAGAUUGCUAAUGAUCAUCAUGUGUCGAGCUCGGUCGCCAUUACACAUCACCGCCGGCCCGUUCUGUUCUUUCAACCGGGAGCUCUACAGCGAGAUUCUUAAGAGAUCAGUGGCGUACAUGUCAUGUAUCUAUGCAAUGAGAACCUUGGACUGAAAUGGAAGUAAUCUCUACCUUGCCCGAUAAUUUUUUAAUGAAAUUACAUCAUUUAUGAUAGAGGGGAUGUAUAUUUUCGAGACAGGUUGUAAAAGAAACCUCUGACAUUUGUCGAAUUAAUACUAAAUAAACUAUUGAUUAUAAUCAAUGUGUGAUUACACGAUCUACAAAAAAAAACCCUUCGCAUUUUAUGAAUCAUAAAAUUCAUUUUAUCCAUUCAGUGUCUGAACGACAAGGAUUAAUUGAUCAAAUAAUCAAGUAAUUGUUAUUAAU